CUUGCCCAUUCAACGCAGGGCGCGCCCCGCAAUCCACUCUCUAUACCCACGACCUUUCUUCUUCAGGCACUGCGCGUACAUAAUAGCAGUCGGAUCUCAUACGUGUGGAGCCAACCGUCGCCACACGCCACUACACGGCAUCAGCUAGAACGCGCAAAGCGCAGGAGACGCGACAACACCGGCAUUAUGGCGCAGAACCCCAACAACCUCGCGCAGUUCAAGUAUGCGGCGAUGUCCAACCUGGUCCUCCAGGCGGACCGUCGUUUUACUUCGCGCCGCCCCGAUGAACACACCGGUGAUCCAGAAUCACUCGCGGGUCGCAUCAACAUCCGGGACAUGGGAGGGAGGACUGCGCAAGACAAGGCACCCACACAGGCGAAGAAGCCCAAGGGGUUAGGCCUCGAACGGGGGAGUCUCACAGAGGGUAGCGACGUGCUCGAACGCGAGCAGCGCAAGCGAAAGAGGGACGACGGAACAAGCGCUUUUGGCGCUACGGCUGCUGCAGACUUCAACAUCGAAGGUCUCCGCUACCGGCCGCGAACACCAGCGACACGUAACACAUUCGAGCUCAUCACGACCAUCGUGAGCAAGGUUCUCGGAGAUGUCUCCGUGUCGACCACCAGAAGUGCCGCCGAUGCGGUCCUCGAAUAUCUGAAGGACGACACCAUGAAGGACUUCGACAAGAAGAAAGAGGUGGACGACCUCCUCGGUAGCUCAAUGAGCGCGAAAGAGUUCAAUGAGCUGGUCAACCUCGGCAAGAAGAUCACAGACUACGAUGCGCAGGACGACGACGAGGACGGCGACGAGGCAAUGGCAGACGCUGAUGGCGCUGAAAAUGACGGCAAUCAGGGUGUAGCCGUUGUGUUCGACGACGAGGAGGACGACGAAGAGGCGCAGAACUUCGAAGUUCGCGACGCCGACACCUCAGACGAAGAAGACGAGCAGGAAACGGCCGUUGAGCAGAUCGGAAUCGACCAGGAGGAUGCGGACGGAGGUUUUGCAGACACAGAAGAGAUGGUCAUUCAGGGCGAUGUUGCUGCUUCAGCAGAUCGCAAGGACGGCGCAGACAAGUUGAUACCCGCACACGAGAUCGACGCGUACUGGUUACAACGGCAGAUCGGAGCAGUCUACGAGGAUGCGCACACACAGCAAGAGAAGACACGAGACGCGUUACAGAUCUUGGCAGGUGUCGCAGAAGACGGCGAGGAGAAGGAGCUGCGUGAAAUUGAGAAUGACCUCAUGGAACUCUUCGAUUACGAGCACCAUGAGCUUGUCGCAAAACUCGUCCUGAACCGCGACAGAGUUGUCUGGGUAACACGAUGGAGACGUGCUGCGGAAGACAAAGACGAGCGGACAGUUGUUGAGCGGGAGAUGAGGGCUGCGGGUCAGCAACAGAUCCUCCAAGAGCUGCGUGCAAGAGAAACUGGCGUAAAGACAGAAGACGCAGGACAGGGCAAGAUGAAGUUCAACAUCAAGCCCCUCAGCGCUUCGGAUUCGAGAGACGUGGAUAUGGAAGACGCAUCAAAGCCGGAUGGCAUUGUCGGUGGGAUGCAGCCCAACAGCCGUCUGGUGAACCUCGACAACAUCGUCUUUGACCAGGGCAACCAUCUCAUGACCAACCCUAGCGUUAAGCUGCCUCAAGGGUCGACAAGAAGACAGUUCAAGGGUUAUGAAGAGAUUCACGUCCCUGCACCAAAAGCGAAGCGCGAUCCGAACGAGCGACUAAUGCCCACUUCUGAGCUUCCAGACUGGGCCCGUGUAGGGUUCGGAAACUCCAAGUCACUCAACCGCAUCCAGACGAAGUGCUUUCCCACAGCGUUCAACGAUGACGGCAACAUGCUCAUUUGUGCCCCUACCGGAUCCGGUAAGACGAAUGUUGCCAUGUUGACCAUGCUUCGCGAGAUUGGCAAGCACCGAGACCCCAAAACCGGCGAAAUUGCGCUUGACGACUUCAAGAUCAUCUAUAUCGCUCCCCUCAAGGCUCUGGUCGCUGAACAGGUGGGCAACUUCGGCAAGCGUCUGGAGCCCUACGGUAUCAAGGUCUCUGAGCUCACUGGUGAUCGCCAACUGACAAAACAGCAAAUCGCCGAGACUCAGAUCAUCGUUACCACCCCUGAGAAAUACGACGUCAUCACUCGCAAAGCCACCGAUACCAGCUACAUCAACCUCGUCAAGCUUAUCUGUAUCGAUGAAAUUCAUCUGCUUCACGAUGAGCGUGGUCCGGUUAUUGAGAGCAUUGUCAGCAGAACGCUUCGCCGCAGCGAGCAGACUGGUGACCAUGUCCGCAUCGUCGGUCUCAGUGCUACGCUGCCCAACUAUCGAGAUGUCGCAAGCUUCCUCCGAGUUGAUGUAGACAAGGGCCUUUUCCAUUUCGACGGCACAUUCCGACCUUGUCCGUUGAAGCAGGAGUUCAUCGGUGUCACAGACAAGAAGGCUAUCAAGCAGUUGAAGGCUAUGAAUGAUGUCUGCUACACGAAAGUUCUCGAGCAGGUUGGCGAACACCGCAACCAGAUGCUGAUUUUCGUCCAUUCGCGAAAAGAGACAGCCAAGACCGCGAAGCAUAUUCGUGAUAAGGCGCUAGAGGAAGAGACAAUAGGCAAGAUCCUGAGGUCAGAUGCUGCUAGCCGAGAAAUCUUGAGAGAAGAGUCGGAAUCCGUUCAGAACGCUGAUCUCAAGGACCUCAUGCCCUACGGUUUCGGUAUCCAUCACGCUGGUAUGUCGCGAGCGGACCGUUCGACAGUCGAAGAUCUCUUCGCCGAUGGCUCCAUUCAGGUCCUUGUCUGUACGGCAACGUUGGCCUGGGGUGUCAACUUGCCAGCCCACACCGUCAUCAUCAAGGGUACACAGGUCUACUCGCCCGAGAAGGGUAGCUGGGUCGAGCUCAGCCCGCAGGACGUAUUGCAGAUGCUGGGUCGUGCCGGUCGUCCCCAGUACGAUACCUACGGAGAAGGUAUUAUCAUCACAACACAAGCUGAGAUCCAGUAUUACCUGUCGCUGCUGAACCAGCAACUGCCCAUCGAGUCGCAACUUGUCAGCAAGUUGGUUGACAACCUCAAUGCUGAGAUCGUGUUGGGCAACGUCCGUAACCGAGACGAGGGCGUUGACUGGCUAGGUUACACAUACCUCUUCGUCCGAAUGCUGCGAUCGCCAGCCCUCUACCGAGUUGGUCCGGAGUACGAGAACGAUACAGUUUUGGAACAAAGACGAGUGGAUCUCAUUCACGCAGCAGCACACAUCCUAGAGAAGUGCAGUCUGAUCAAGUACGACAGGAAGACCGGAGCACUCCAGGCCACCGAGCUUGGAAGGAUUGCGUCUCACUACUACAUCUCGCACAACUCGAUGAUGACGUACAACCAACACAUUCAGCCUGGUAUCACCGCCAUCGAGCUGUUCCGAGUAUUCGCUUUGAGUGAGGAGUUCAAGUACAUCCCGGUUCGUCAGGACGAAAAGCUCGAACUUGCCAAACUCCUUGGACGUGUGCCCAUCCCUGUCAAGGAGGGCGUCGAGGAAGCUCAGGCAAAGAUUAAUGUUCUCUUACAAGCGUACAUCUCGCGACUCAAGCUCGAGGGUCUCGCCCUCAUGGCCGACCUUGUAUACGUCACACAAUCUGCGGGCCGUAUCUUGCGCGCAAUCUUUGAGAUAUGUCUGAAGAAGGGAUGGUCGCAGGUCGCAAAGCUUGCUCUCGACAUGUGCAAGAUGGCAGAGAAGCGCAUGUGGCCUACCAUGACGCCUCUACGACAGUUUCCUACCUGCCCUCGCGACAUCGUACAGAAGGCUGAGCGAAUCGACGUCAACUGGUCAAGCUACUUCGGACUCGAUCCACCUAGCAUGGGCGAGCUCCUGGGUAUGCCCAAGGCUGGCAAGGUCGUGUGCCAGCUCGUCGAGAAGUUCCCCCGUCUCGAGAUUGAAGCGACACCUCGACCAGUCACCAGGUCACUGCUCAAGCUGGAACUUGCGAUCAAACCGGACUUCGUUUGGGAUGAUGCACUCCACGGAGCGUCAGAGGCCUUCUGGAUCCUUGUCGAGGACUGCGAUGGUGAGCAGAUCUUGUUUCACGACCAGUUCAUUCUCCGCAAAGACUACUCUCAAGGCGAGAUGAACGAGCAUCUUGUCGAACUGACAGUGCCGAUUGAUGAGCCGAUGCCGCCAAACUAUUUCAUCACCGUCUUGUCAGAUCGAUGGAUGGCUUCAGAGACCAAGCUUGCUGUGUCUUUCCAGAAGCUCAUCCUGCCAGCCAAGUUCCCAGCGCAUACACCAACGCUCGACCUGCAGCCUCUACCCGUUUCGGCACUGAAGAGGAAGGAAUACAUGGCCCUGUACGAAGACGUCAACCGUUUCAACCGGGUUCAAACACAAGUUUUCAACUCGCUUUACACAACCGACGACAACGUCCUCGUUGGGGCUUCUGCAGGUAUUGGCAAGACUUUCUGCGCCGAGUUUGCUAUACUGCGACACUGGGCUAGCGACGCCGAGGGCCGCAUCGUGUACCUUGCACCCUUCCAAGAGCUUGUCGACAACCAGUACAAGAACUGGAAUGCACGCCUGUCUGGUCUUGGUGGUGGCAAGGAUGUUGUCAAGCUCACAGGCGAGACUACAGCGGACUUGCGACUCCUCGAGAAGGGUGACCUCGUGCUCGCUACCCCGUCGCAGUGGGAUUCCCUAUCGCGCCAAUGGCAACGAAGGAAAAACGUUCAGACUGUCGCUCUUCUCAUUGCUGACGAGCUUCACAUGCUAGGCGGCGCCAACGGACAUGUCUACGAGAUCGUGGUCUCGCGUAUGCAAGCUAUGGCUGCCCAGCUCGAGUCAAAGCUACGAAUCGUUGGUCUCAGCGUCUCUCUAGCUAACGCACGAGACAUUGGCGAGUGGAUCGGUGCCACUAAGCACACUAUCUACAACUUCAGUCCCGGCGUUCGCGCAGUGCCUCUCGAGUUGAAGAUCCAGACAUUCACCAUUCCUCACUUCCCAUCGUUGAUGAUGGCGAUGGCCAGGCCGACAUACACUGCCAUCACACAGAUGUCGCCAGACAAGCCUGCAAUGAUCUUCACACCGAACCGCAAGCAGACCCGCUCGUCUGCUGCAGACUUGUACGCCGCUGCCGUUGCGGACGAUAACGAUGAUCGAUUCCUCAAUGCACCGUUAGAAGACAUUCAGCCCAUCUUGGAGAAGAUCAACGAGCAGUCACUGGCGGAGUCGCUGACCCACGGUAUCGGGUACUUCCACGAGGCGCUCAACUCUUUCGACAAGAAGGCUGUACAGCAUCUGUUCAAGGUCGGUGCCAUCCAGGUUCUGAUUGUUUCGCGCAACUCGUGCUGGGAGAUCGACAGCAGCGCCCAUCUAGUCGUCGUUCAAGGUACUCAGUUCUUUGAGGGUCGCGAGCACCGCUAUGUCGACUACCCCAUCAGCGACAUCCUUCAGAUGUUCGGCAAGGCUGGCAGGGUUGGUCAGGACAAGUCGGCAAAGGGCGUCCUUAUGCUGCCUGCGGUCAAGCGUGACUAUUUCAAGAAGUUCUUGAAUGAGGCACUGCCGAUUGAGAGUUAUCUGCACGACUACCUGCACGAUGCUUUCGUUGCUGAGAUUAGCGCAAAGACGAUCGAGUCGACUCAAGAGGCCGUCGACUGGUCCACGUACACCUAUUUCUACCGCCGUCUGCUAGCCAACCCCAGCUACUACAACCUUCACGACACCUCGCAUGAGGGCCUUAGCGCUCACUUGUCUGAGCUUGUCGAGCAGACACUGAAAGAGCUUGCGGAAGCCAGCCUCAUCGAGCACGACGAAGACGAGGACUCAAUCACACCUCUCAAUCCGUGCAUGAUUGCAGCCUACUACAACAUCUCCUUUAUCACAAUGCAGACCCUCAUGAUGUCGCUCAACGGCCGAACGAGUCUCAAGGGCGUUUUGGAGAUCAUCACCGCCGCCACCGAAUUCGAAGACAUUCAGAUCCGCCGCCACGAAGACCACAUCCUGCAGCGCAUCUACGACCGCGUGCCAUACAAGAUGCAAGACCCGAACUUCGAAACCCCUCACUUCAAGGCCUUCGUCCUUCUGCAGGCCCACUUCUCCCGCAUGCAGCUCCCCAUCGACCUCGCCAAGGACCAAGAAACCGUCAUCCGCAAGGUUCUCAACAUCCUCAGCGCCUCCGUCGAUGUGCUCUCGUCCGAAGCUCACCUGAACGCUAUGUCCGCUAUGGAGCUUUCGCAGAUGGUCGUGCAAGCAAUGUGGCAGAAAGACACCCCGCUCAAGCAGAUCCCGCACUUUGACACCGACACAAUCAAAGCGGCGUCCAAAUUUGGCAUUACUGACGUCGACGAUUUCAUCAACGCCAUGGACGAAGACGAGAACCCAGACUACAAGAAGCUCAUCGCCGCGCUGGACGUCGAUCAGCGACAGCUGGCGGAUAUUGCAAACUUCACGAAUAACUACUACCCCAACAUCGAGCUUGAACACGAGCUCGUCGACCCGGAGGACAUUGCGAGCAAUUCUCCAGCGCAGCUUAGGGUACGCAUCACGCGCAACAUCGAUGAGGACGACGAGCUUAAGACGGACGUGCAUGCGCCGUUCUACCCCGCUGAGAAGAGCGAGAGCUGGUGGUUGGUGGUGGGUGAUCAGAAGGAACAUACCCUGCUUGCGAUCAAGAAGGUUACUGUGCCGAGAAAGUUGGAGACGAGCUUGGAGUUUACGCUCGAGAAGCCGGGAGAGCAUGAGUUGACGCUGUAUCUGGUGUCUGAUUCGUACUUGGGAGUCGAUCAGGCGCCGACAUUUAAGGUCAGUGCUGCGGAGGGGAUGGAUGAGGAUAGUGAGGAGGAGGAAGAUUAAAUACGAGGGGUGCAUUUGUUGGACCCUGGAGGUAUCCGACUGCUUGGCGUUGAGGAUGAGGUUGCAUGGGUGUAGUAUACGC